UUUUUUUUCUCUUCUUCUAUGUUUUGCUUUUCCCUACUCUACCCGCGCGCGUACACGAUUUGUCUCCCUCGUGUUUCGGCUCUACGGCAGUGUUCCAACGCGCUCGCUCGUGUCAGUACGAUCAGAGUUUUGUAGCCGGGCGCACACGCCAGGCAAACCCAGCAGCAGCAGCACCAGCGCGCGUGUGUGUAUUGGACCGCGAAUGUGCCGCGCUACGAUUUGUGUUGCUUCCGGCUGUGCUGUUUCGGCGGGGCCCGCGUUGUUUUGAUUGACAGAAACAUACGGUAGUAGUAGUAGGAAGGGAGGAAGGUUUGUGCGCUAACGGCGGAGCGGGGCAGCGGUCUAUUUGCAUCGGGGGAUGUCGAAAGUUCACAGCGAAAUUUAACCGUGUGCCAGAUUCUCUGACGCUUUAAUUGCAACAAAAUAUACCUCAACAACAGUGCAUUAGUAAGUGAGAUCGUUUAUGACAGUUCAAAAAACCGCCCCGAAAUUCGUUCAGUGACCAGCAGCGAAGCAGCGGCAGCAGCGGUGGAACACAAAUCAAAUGAAAACUCCAAGUGAAAGGACAAAGCGUUUGCUUGUCGUGACGACUGUGCCGCCAUCGGCGGGCGCCGCAUUCCUGCUGCCCGGCGGCGAUCAGAUGCGAGUUCGAUCGUGAAGUGCUGCAGCCUUGCCCAAAACCCAGCAGCCCAGCCGAGAUUCGCGUCUUAUUGCCGCACAGCUAGGCGCCCCAGUGUAAAUUUUGCCACUCACCGCGGUCUCCGUCAGCAAUUCAAACCAAUCAGAGAGCCGCGCAGAGAGAUAUAGCGUGUUAUUUAGUGUUUAGUGUAAUAGCACAGUGUGCAACAGUGACAACUCGCCCUCCAAGCGCGAUCCAAGCCAACAAGUGCCUGCGCUAGUCUCUCAGUGAAUCGGAGGCAACAUGUUCUCCUCAUUGCCACCGAGCGCCACCGGCGGCGAUGUCGUAGUCGGCAACGUCAAGAAAGGCCCGAGCAAUUGGUUCUGGUCGUUGCGCCGUCAGCCGAAGCCGAAAAAGGCGAUCCUCGAGCCGGACAAACCACUGCAAAAGAGCUGCGUCGAUCUACCGUCCGCCACUACGAACGGUGGCUCCCCCGGUCCGUUCGGAACGUUGCCAACCCCACUCGAUGAGGUGGUGUCCACCAGCAGUUCCACCAUCGAGCGUCCCUCACCCGCCUGUACGUGCGAGUACGUGCAGGUGUUCGAACCACCGGAAACGACGGGCAGCAUCUCCACGACUGCCACCAUCACGAAGACCGUGUCCCGGCACCACCAGCACGCCGACAAACUGCUCGAAUCUGCCUCGUCCGACAGCAAUCUUGCCUUAAGCUCUGCUGCCUCCUCUCCGUUGGAGGGUGCUACCAACGGGUUGCAACCGUACGCGACGAACAGUUUGCGGCGCCGGAAGGAACAGCAGGUCGUGUACGGUGCGAAAACGGUCACAACCGUCACGAAGACGACCGUACUGAACCGUCAGCGGACGUACCGGGUGGGGCUGAUCUUCAGUGAUAAUGGAGAGCUGCUAAACAGUAACCUCGACCUGCGACAGUUGGUGGAGGAGAGUAAGCGCAACUUCCUGAACGCGCUCGAGAACGGUGGUCCGGUGGGGGGGGAUGGUUCUGCCAUUCCACCACCGCCCCGGUUAGCGCAAGAACCGGCCAAAGAAGCUAACAACAACGAACGGUUAAAGGAUGCCGCCAGACGUCCGGAGUUGCAGCAACAGUUUAGCAUACUGGACGACAGCAACUUUGACUUCAUCGAUGACAGUGCCGAUCUGUUCAACCGCAACUACCCGCAUCAGCCGCCGCCGGUGUCGGCAUCAUCGGGCGGGCUAGAACCAAGGUCACUGGUCGCAGCGGCAACAUCGGCGGGAGCAGCUUCGACCUUCCCCAUUACCAAAGUGUUGCGUAUGUGCAACAACUGUAAAAAUAGAAGUAAUCUAGUCUACCAGCGAAGCUGCUCCCAGCCCCAUCGUAAGCAAAUCAACGAUGAGCUGAACGAGGUCGAGUCGGAGAUGAAAGCCCACGAAAGCAAGGAGGAGAACAAACAUUCCAACAAAGACAAACAGAUGGCGCUGGGGCGGAAAAAGUUCAACAUGGAUCCAAAGAAAGGAAUAGAAUUUUUAUACGAAAACCAGCUGCUAAGGACGGAUCCGCAGGACGUGGCACAGUUCCUAUACAAGGGAGAAGGUCUCAACAAAACGGCCAUCGGCGAUUAUCUGGGCGAAAAGAACGACUUUAACGAGCAGGUGUUGAAGGCCUUUGUAGAGUUACACGAUUUUACGAAUCUUAUACUGGUGCAAGCUUUAAGACAAUUCCUCUGGUCAUUCAGACUGCCCGGCGAGGCGCAGAAGAUCGAUCGCAUGAUGGAAUGCUUCGCCCAGCGGUACUGCCAGCUCAAUCCGGACAUCUUCACCAACACGGACACGUGCUACGUGUUGAGCUUUGCCAUCAUUAUGCUCAACACCUCGCUCCACAAUCCAUCGGUAAAAGAGAAGCCCACGGUUGAACAGUUCAUUUCCAUGAACCGUGGUAUCAACAAUGGAGGCGAUUUGCCGCGCGAACUGUUAGAGUCCCUGUACGAGUCGAUACGAGCUGAACCGUUUAAAAUACCUCAGGACGAUGGGAACGAUCUGAUGCACACCUUCUUCAACCCGGACAAGGAAGGCUGGCUGUGGAAGCAGGGCGGAAGAUACAAAUCGUGGAAGCGAAGAUGGUUUAUCCUGAACGAUAACUGUCUGUACUACUUCGAGUACACCACCGACAAGGAGCCGCGAGGGAUCAUUCCAUUGGAAAACAUUGCGGUGCGCGAGGUAACGGACCGGAGCAAACCGCACUGCUUCGAGCUGCACGCCAGCGGCGGGGCCGACAUCAUCAAGGCGUGCAAAACCGACAGCGAGGGUAAGGUGGUGGAAGGUAAGCACACCGUCUACCGGAUGUCGGCCGCGACCGAGGAGGAGCAGCAGGAGUGGAUCACCCGCCUGAACCAGUCGAUCAGCCACAACCCGUUCCACGACAUUCUAGUACAAAGGAAAAAGAAAGCCCUGGCCAAAAGUUAGUUAGCACUGUCCUGUUUGAAGAACUAAAACAAACAACAACAACAAAAAUGCCCCCAAUGCCCGAAUGAAAAUGAAAACAAAACCCAUUCCCUCCACUCCUUCGCUUCCCGUCCCACCAAAAUUUUCAAAAUCAAUCAGAAUGCAGGCGCUAAACACACACACAUUUAAAGGCCUAGAAAACGAAUUGUGAAAUCAAACUAAAAACAAACACAAAACAAUGCCCGCAAAUGUUCUCAUCCGCCACUGUUCCAUUAGGUUGCGAUCGGAGAGGCAAAAUUUAAUGUAUAAAAACAGCAAUCAGAGAGAAAAGGUAGAUUGGAAGAAUUUUCUUCUUCAAAAAUCGAUCGUCAGCCAACGAAAACUCUCUAAAUGCGUUGUAGAGAUCAAACUGAUGGACCCGUGGAAGAUGUUAACAUUGUUCCAUACCGCCAAAAGCGUUAAAUUCAAACUAACAAUUCAUUCUCACGGACGGCAUAUGAAGAAAAUAAGGAAAAAGAGAGAGAGAUAGAGAGAAGAAAAUCAAACGAAAAAAAAAACCCGUUCAGGCAACCAUCCAACAUGCAUCGGCUGCGCAUACGAUCGUGCUUUUCUUUCUAUUAACUGCUUAUACUGCUCCUGCUCCCCAAAUGCGGCCCAUGAUGGGGGGGGGGGGGGAAGCCAAAUCAUCUGCUUGUUUGUGUGUUUAUGUUGCGUUUGGUGUGUGGCUAGCGAGUGAUAAUACCCCAACAUUAUUUGUGGCCAUGUGUGUAUGUGCGUGCGUACGUGUGCUACCGCUCUGUGCUGCUGUAACCUCUGUAAGCUGGUUCCCUGUGUGGGACCAGCACAACUGGUGUGCGUGUGCGGUGGGAUGGGAUGGUUCCUAUCUGUUUUGAUUAAUUGUUUGUUCGUUUCGAGCGUUAGGUUAAGUUAGUUCGAUGAAAAAGUUAGUUAAAUUCCGGUUCAAGUGCGCUUUCGAUGUAAGAGAAGGAAGAAGGUAGAAGAUACUAGCCCCACACGCCGUCCCACGUUUAGAUUCAAUUGUCGUUGCUGCCGUUGCGUUCUGUUUAGAUUAAUACGCUCCCCCAUUUCGUUUGGUGUGGCGGCUUCGGUUCGUGGGCGCUUGGGGAGGCAGAUUUAAAUCAAAGGGGAUUGAAUGCUCCCGCCCCCCCCCCCCCCACAACUGUUCGUAUCAGCCUUUUUGCAACGGUGCAUUCCCAGCCCGGUGGAAUGUAUGUGUUUUAAUUUGUGUUAGGUCAGUAUUUCCGCUGCCGUGUCCUCGUGGUGGCAUCCCGUUGCUUUGCUGCUGCCUCCAUUCUCACAGUCAGUCGAUCGUUGGAGGUUGUUAAAGCAGCAGGUGAAAUUUAGGAGAAAAUAAGCGGAAAAUGUGUAGUAUGUUUAGGUAAACGGCGACAGUGAUCCAACCGUUGGAUCGUAACUGUGAUCAUGAAUGGAUAGCGUUAGAAAAAGAGAGAGAGAGAGAGCGAGCCACGUGAAAAUGCUUCUUUUUGCGCAAUAUAGGAACAAUGCAUGGACAAAACCACUCUACUACAUUGUAAAUAUACAUAUACAGUCAGCUAGCUAACCAUUAUUGAAAUGAGCUUUUUUGAGUGGUUGAGCUUUGGAGGGUUCAAUUUGUUUAGUUCCAUUGUCUCCAACCAGAUCAUGUCCCCUUUCACUGGUGUUGAGUGUUGAGUUGAUUGAUAAUUUACUCCUUAAAUUUCGAACAUAAAUCGUGCGUGGCAGACAACACAAAGCAUCAAUGCUGAUUAUGCCCAAUGAAACAAUGAACCCAAACCAUGUGUGUGUGAUGUAGGUGUGUAAUAUAUAAAACUAUAAGGUAGAAAGGAGUGCCGCAACCACAGCAUCAUAAGUAAGGAUUGCCUGCAAGGCAGUAUUUUAUAAUCCCACACCUUCUCAACAACGCCUCGGUUCUCUUUGGCACAUUGUUCCCCCUUUUUUCACACGCAAAUUUUGCCGCGUUUCCUUAUUUAUGGGCACCGACACCUCCACCGACCAGUGAACACAUACCCACACCCAUACAUAGUCCUCCCAGUCCUCCCACCGAGACACUGCUGCGCCCCCCGUAAAGCUACCUUUCCUCCUCGUGGUGUGUAAUUGUAACUAUCCCUAUUUAACUCGCGCAUACUCUCUUCCACUCAUACAAACACUGUACAACCGCCCUGUUUGUGUCAACUGCUCUGGCCUCUCUUGGCGGCAUUGAGCUGUAUAAAGCAGCACCACAAGAGGAAGCGGGAAAGUUUCCUUUAUACUACAUACGCAAUCACCAUUAUAAUUGUACUGGAAAAAGGACCGAAAGGUAGGGAUAAAAUAGGGAAGAGUUAAAUGAAAUGGAAGGACAAUGAGGAUAAAAACAAAGCUAAACAAGAAAAGUGAUUUUAAGGAGGACGAUACUAACUGAUGAUGAUAAUGCGGACGGUGUGUGGUGUUGUAGGCUAAAUUUAUAUAGCGCGCCUGUAGUUGUAAUCAUGGUACUGAACACACAUUAUAACUAGGUUUGGAAACAAGAAGAAUGGAGUGUAAAAGAAUAAGUGCGUGUUUUUGUUUGUAUUUUUUUUAAAUAAUUGUUGUAAAAUAGUGGUGGUUGCCGUAUAUUUUGUUUAUAAGUAAGUGCAACCACUAGAGAAAGAACAUGACAUUUUUGCCGUAGCUUUGGGAGGUUCAUUCGCAUGAUUCGUAUAUUUCAACAGAAACUGUACAGCCACUUCUUGUGUCGGCUUUAAUACCGGUGGGUUUCUCUUUUUUUAAAAAAGGGCAUUUCAAAAGCUCAUGUUAAUUCGUCGAAACUGUGAAAGUUAAUUUGCACAACCCCCGACUGAUGGGGAUUUGGUGUUACGAAUCUCAUCAAUUGCAAUUCCGCUAACGGUGUGCUGCUCCUGCUGUUUUACUCUAUUUGUUCUGGUUCCUUUUUUUCACUUUCCCACUUCCUGAAUCAUGCAAAAAUCAUUUCACACGUCAGCUGAUGAAAAUUGGAAGCAUUCCAAUGUAUCCAUUCGCUUAACAUCAGCAGUUGAAUGGGAGAGAGAGAGAGUGAGUGAAAAAAAGUCGAAUAAUACGAUAAUAAAUAGGAGCGAUGAGGGUUCGAUCGCUUGAUAAUGAUGAUUGAAAUUCGAUAAUAAAAAAAAACAGGGCGGAAGCAUAAAUAAUGACUACAAAAACUGCUCUCACUCUCUCAGCGCUUCGGACCCGUUAACGGGAUGGGUCGCGAUGGUGGACCAAAGCGUGUUGCAUCGAUUGUGCACUGUGUGGCGCAAAUCCUGCUGAUGAGGUCUGGCCUGUUAGUUUCGGCUUUUUUGUGUGUGUUUUCUUCACUCGGGGAAAAACUAUAAUAACGAAAUAAAAUUUCCCCUUUUUUCCGGUGUACUAUACCCCCGACGGCGGCCACACCAGUGAGGCGCACACUGCCCAUGGCACAAUUAAAAUGAUAUUUAAAACAGUCUCCUGCCCCGCAGCGUGGCAGAGCAGUAGUGGGUGGUGGUAGUAGCCAAGCGGUGGCUGUAUAUGAAUUAAUUCAAUUUAAAUUGAUUUUCAUCUGGUUUUGUGUCGAUUCGAUUUUCGCAAAUCUCACACACGGUUCCCCGAUCGUUACUGGCAUGGCUGGCUGGCUGGCUGGCUAUCGGUUCUCGUAUGCAGAGAGGCGGAUCCGGCUCCCCUUUUCAUCGCACUUUACCAAUAUGUAUCUGUUUCUCAUUUUAUUGUUUAUUUUGCUUUUCUGUACGAUAAAACCAUCCACUCGGUUAACUCUCUCUUUCUCUCUGUGUCCUCUUUAUUCUUUGUCCCAAACAAUCAAACGCUUUUGCUUUUGGAUUGGGGGGUGUUCAGGGUGUCGUCGCCUUGCAGCAGCAGCGAUACAAUUAGAUACUAUUGACCCAGUUCGGGAGUGCGUGCGAGUUGGACUUUCGGAUUCUCUCUAUUUGUCAUCCAAACUUUGGGCCAACUCUUUUUACGCCAUUUUUUUGCGCAGUUAGUUUACGCAGCGGUACAAUUAGUGUAUGGCGUGUAGUUUGUGUAAAUCAUAGAGUAAAACGGAGAUGAAACUCGGCUUUAUUUUAUCGCCAUGAGUUAUGGGCGUGUUGUGUUGUGAGUGCUGCACACAAUUAAAACACUGGUUUUGUUUUUGGGGGUGUGAUUGUAGUUCAUGUUCGAGUUACUACUGGUAGUGAUUAUUUUACUUCUAUUUUCUUUUUGUGUUGUAGCGUUUGGUUUGUUGCUUCUAGUCAGAUUGCACAAUUUGUCUAUCGUUUUAUUGCAUUUCAUAUAUAUUUAUGCAAGAGAUUUAGAGAGAAAGAUGAGUUGAGCUGUGGAGAGUGUAAUAAAAAUAAGCUUUAUCGUAUUUAUUUUAUUUGAAACUGUUAGGCCGGAUCAGCUUGUAGGCUAUAACAACGACAUGAAUGGUGCUAUGUUGUUAGUAUUUCUCAUCAUGAUUAGCAUUUUUUUUAAUGUAAAUUUGUAAAGCUCACACAACAUUGAGUAUUCAGAAUAGAUUAGAAGCAAUUAAUUUCAAAAUAACUUCUGAAAAAAGAUUUCCGAACAAUAGUUAAAAGUUCACAGAUCAUCACGUUGUUAAUAAAGCAUAUUGUUCCUUAUGGAAAGAAGUAAAAAAGACUAGAAAAGGGAAGUAUAAAACGAAAACCGAGGCAAGAUGCAACAAUUCAACAUAAAAAUAGAGAGGAAAACAAACAAUUGAAAGUACCAACGAAUGUAGAAAAGGAAAGGAAUAAGCUAAAUAAGUAAAAACAUAAGUAAAAAACUAAAAAAAAGUUUUAAAGUGCACUGAUUUAAAGACAUAAUAGUAUAAUUUACAAAAAAGCAGCUUAUAUUUUCAAUGUAAAUUUCAAUGUAAAGUUGUGAUCAUUUUACUAAGGGGAAUGUUGAUAGUACACCAAAACCUCAAUCACAACAUGUAAACUUGAGUUGCAAAUGAAAGGAAAAUGAGAUGAGUAGGGAUUAAAGUUGUUUUAAAAUAAGAUGAAAAAAGCCAAACAGAGGAGGUACAUAUUAUUACUUUUCCACCAUACAGCAUAUACUGCCAUCUCAUAAUCAAACGAGCAUAGUACACCACCUAAUCCACCGUUUACUACCACUACUCCACUACUUAACGCAAAGGUAGAGAUGUACCCUCCACUAUAGGACCAGUACCGUGCAUUUCUAUGAUACUAUUGUGUACUUGUGAGUUUGAAGUGCAAGUGUAAAAUUGUGGA